UAACAACACAGCGCGCGGCGCAGCGCGAGAGCUGAACACCGCGCGUGGUGACAGCGGUUUUAUUAAAUGGACUGUAAUAGGUAAAAGAAAUGGAAACAAUAGCCACCAAAACUGUAUAAUAAUUUUUGCCUCGAACCUUCAACUUUAAUCCUAAUUAAUUCUGGCUGUUCUCAUCAUCCCGGGACCGGAGUGAAACCUCCUCUGCGAGCACCCUGCGCGUGGGGAAUAAAUCGGUUCCCCCUGCGCGCGACAGCUGUGCUAGACUCCGUAAAAGACUUUAAAGAUUCGAAAGGACGAGAAAGGGGGAAAACACACGGACUCUAGUGAAGUUUUAAAGGACCUUAGCGGGAGCGGAGCUGAGAGACCCAGUUCGCCCUUCUUUACUCCGCGGCUCCCCGCGUUUGGUGACGGACCGAGUAUGGUGACAUUUGGACUACCCUUCCUCUUUUUUCAUCAGUUUUAGUCGAUAUCUCAGACCGAAAUGCAGCCCUGUGUCAUUUUCAUCGGCUUCUUUCUCACUGCAGCCGGAUCCCAAGAUAUUCAUCCCUCACAGGCAUCAUCCUCUAUUAGCGAAUCUUGUGACUCCCUGUGCUCCUGCGAGGUGAAAGAUGGCAUCCUUCAUCUUAACUGCGAACAGAGGAACAUCAGCAAAAUCUCCCAAAUCAAAAUCCCGUCAGGUGUCCCCUUCCACCUGAACCUUUACAAAAAUGACUUGGUGGAACUGCGUGCUGAGGAAAUGGAAGGGCUUAAGAGUUGCCUUUCGCUGCACAUCGGGGGUAAUAGCAUACAAGAGCUGGAGCCAGGGGUCUUUAGCGCUCUUGGUUCACUGAAAAAACUCCACAUAAAUAGCAAUUUCCUUGUCACUCUGAAAGAGGAUACUUUCCAAGGCCUGGUAAAUUUAGAGUUCCUCCAAGCUGACACAAAUUUUAUUCGGGUCAUUGAACCAGGAGCCUUCAACAAACUCAUCCGCCUCAAAGUCCUCAUCCUUAAUGAUAAUUCCAUUGAAUUUUUACCCAGCAACAUUUUCCGGUUUGUACCCCUCACGCACUUGGACCUACGUGGCAACAAGCUCCAGACGCUCCCUUAUGUGGGGUUUUUGGAGCACAUUGGACGUAUAAUGGAGCUUCUCCUGGAGGAUAACGACUGGCUCUGUGACUGUGAUAUUUUACAUUUAAAAAUCUGGAUGGAGAACAUGCGGGCCCAGUCAGUCAUCGGGGAUGUCAUCUGCAGCACCCCGCAGCACCUUAAGGGGACAAUUCUGGCCAAAGUCAAGCGGGAUGUCCUGUGUCCAUCCCAUGCAGACAUUAACCUGGAGGAGCCAUCCAAAUCAAUGGAUCUGGUUGUCACUCCUUCGUCCAAAGUGUCUCAGAUUCCCAAGCUGAUCAAUGCCAAAGAUGACACCACGGUGCCGACACCAACUCACAGCCCCGACAAUUCCUGUGUGGAGCACUGUUCUUGUCACAAUCACCCCAUUGCUGGGUUUUUGAUGCAUUGUCAGGACAGAGGGAUUCAAAAGGUCUCAGAUAUCGGAAUAGUUCCGCAAAGCCCCACUAAACUCCUCAUGACAGGAAAUAUGAUUCAGAAACUACUAAAAUAUGACUUUGUUACAUAUGACAGUUUGGAAUUGCUCAAUUUGGCGAAUAACAGAAUUGAUUACAUUGACAAUGAAACGUUUCUCAGCUUGAGCAGUCUGAAAAAGCUCUAUCUGAACGGCAACAGAAUGGAAAAACUUGUCUCCACAAUGUUUGUGGGCCUCCAUAACCUCGAAUAUCUGUAUCUGGAAUACAACCUCAUCAAAGAGAUUGCUCCAGGUACAUUUAAUCCCCUGCCAAACCUGAAGCUUUUGUCAUUAAACAACAACCUGCUCAGCUCACUUCCAGCGCAGAUAUUCCGCAAUGUUCCCCUGGCCAAAUUAAACUUGAGAAAAAACCUGCUCAUGCACCUGCCAGUGAGCAAUGUGCUCGAUCAACUCGACUCGCUAGAGCAAAUUUAUUUAGAGGACAACCCCUGGGACUGCAGCUGUGACUUGCUCAGCCUUAAACAAUGGGUUGAGAAACUGAGAAAGGACACGGUGGUGGGCUCCAUAUUGUGUCACACCCCAAAGAAAGUGAUGCAGAUUGAGCUGAGAACCCUCCAUCAUGAGACACUAUGUCCAGGUUUAGGGACCUACCACCCUGUAUCUCAAGGUGAGGAUAGUGUGACAACCACCCUGGGGCCUGAUGGCAGUGAUAGGGGUAUUUUCAUCUCUCUCACCGACACCAUCCCCCUCUCCGUGCUCAUCUUAAGCCUUCUCAUUUUUGUCCUCAUGAUUAUUUUCUGUUCCGCCGGGCUGGUGGUGUUUGUGGUGCAUCGGCGACGGCGGCGGGCCAAGAAAAAAGCAGCAGAGGAGCAGCCACGAGAAAAUACCAGCAGCAGUUCCCCAAUUCACUUACAUUACAGCAUGUACGGGCAGAAGACCACACACCACACCCUGACUCAAAGAGCGGGGUCGGCCACUCUGUACGAGGACCGAUCUCACAGCCCGAUUGUGCAGAUCUGCCGCAACCCCACCUACUGUUCCCAGCACAAAGAGCACGACGCAGAUUUGGAUUAUGGCCUCGAGGAAUCCAGCGGCAAGCAUCACCUCUGCCGGAGCAUCAUGGAGAAGGAGAACACCUCUCCCCUCACGGGAAUCCCCGGAAAAUUCAGAACCAUGGCUGGAGAGUGCCCUGCAGAGUUUGUCACUCUCGGGAACCCCAACUCCUUGUACAGGAACAUUCUGGAGAGAGAGGAGUUGCAGCAGCUGGGAAUAUCAGAGUACUUCAGGAAAAACAUGCCCCAGCUUCAGGCCGCUGUAGAGAUGCAGGCCCCUGGGCACCAGGAGGAGUUGAAGCUAAUGGAGACUAUUAUGUACACAAGACCACGCAAGGUCAUGCUUGAGCAAACUAAGAAUGAGUACUUUGAACUUAAAGCUAACCUGCACACUGAGCCAGACUACUUAGAGGUUCUGGAGCAUCAGACUGCAUUGAACUGAGCUCAAGCAGAAAAAGACGACAACAUUUGUUAUGUUUGAACCAAGUGCCUUGUCCUGUUUGCCCUCUUGUACGUUCCACAGUGUGACAUAUAAAUAUAUAUAAAAAGAAUUUAAAUAUAUAUAUAUAUAUAUAUAUAUAUAUAUCAUGGGCACAUCUCUUUAACUGUAGCACAGAAUGUAAUGGUUUGUUCUUUUACCUUUUAUCUGUCAACAGCCAUGCUAUGUAGCUGGUGAAGGGUGUCAUGUUUUCAGCCAAAUGUAACUUGGAAAAAGCUGUUUGGAGUUUGUUGAGCAGAUGACUGAAAAUCCACUCUAUCAGCUUUUUCACAUGGGAUUAAAUUUGCAUAAUGUUGCAGCAGCCAAAUGAAUUGAUCCACACAAGCGCCCCAAAAUUCCCUCCCAUCCCCAUCCCACCCCCCCGACACCCUCACAGGAUAAAGCAGAUGUUUGGAACCAAGUGAGUGAAUUUCAAUCACCAUUUGACCCAGAAUUCCGUUUAAUCAGUCAAUCCUGAUUCCGGGCAUGACCUGAUUACACCCUCUGUCAACUCAAGGCAGCUUUAACGCUGGAAGCAGAAUGCUCAUUGUGCCGUAGUGUCAGCAAAUUGCCAAGCAUCUAUCGGAAAAUGGGGAUAGGAGAGCGAUUCCAAUACCGUCCUUCAUGUCAGAUGUUUGAUCCAACAGGAAUUGUAUUUAUUUUUACAGAAGCUGGUGACAUUCAGAGAAGAAAGAGAACACUUGGAGUACAGUAAAUCCACAACUGUAGUCUUGUAAAAAAUGCAUUGCACUACUCAGAUGCCAUAAGAUGGUGCAUGACAAUCAAGAGUCCUGCUGAUAAUGUUUUAUUUUCUUUCUGCCAGAAGAAAUGAGCCACUAAUAUGUGCAGUCAUUUAGUGUGCUUUGUGUGUGUGUAUGUGUGUGAGAGAGAGAGACUGCUUAAUGCCAUUAUUUUAUGUCAAAUACAUAGCAGAGCAUUCAGGAACAUUGCCCCCUUCCGAAGCGAUUCAAGGUGGGGUGUAUUUUAGCACACGAAUGAUCACCGACGAUCUGAAAUCGGAGCUCUGACAGUCGACAACCAACUUCUGCAGCAAAGACAUUGUCAUCCAUUGGGAUUUCUACAAUACGCUCCAUCAUACUCUCAGAAGCUGAUCAUUUAAAACAGUUCAUGUGAGCACACACUCCGUAGCUUUUCUACUUAAUUAGAUUUAAUUAUUUAUUCUGUAUAUUUUGUAUAUACUUAUGUUCCAUUAUAUCUUUGGGUUUUGUGUGCCUUCAGUGCUGUACAGAUUAUAAACAGAGGUUGUAACUGAAACAGGAAAUAAAGAAUUGCAAUAUUCUGUGAAA